AUGCCUAUAAGCUGUCUUCUUGAGGAAAAAAAUUUUCAAAGCCUUAGAAAAUUUCAAAAAAUUUUCAAAAAUUUUUUUUUGAUUUUUUUAAAGUCCUGGGCAUCAGAAAAACCCAAAAACAUAAAUAACACCAAUUGUCGUCACUCAACCUCCAACCAAAAUAAACACAAAAAUAUUUCACCUGCCCUAUCAUUAACUUCAACCUCGACAACCUCUAGCAAUUUAGAAGAACAGAAAGAAGAAAAAUUAAAAAUAAAUAAAAAAUUAAAGCAGUUGCCUGAAGUUGUGGCCGAGGCUAUUAAAAGACAUAAAAGUCAAAAAUUGGAAGGGGGAUUGUCUGCGAGGAUUAAUAAGGAUAAUGAGAAUGGUGUUUGUUUAAAACACACAGUAGAACGAAGUCAAAGUCAACUAGCUCGUUCCCCUGCUGGUGUUUUAUCUCCAUGGUUGAGUGGAAAUGGUCGUUCUAAUUCUAGGCGUUCCCAUUGUGGAGGUCACCGUUCAUCAGCAGACCAAUUAAUUACAGAAAAUAAGAAUGCCGGCCAACAACAAACAAAUAAUUCCUCCCCAAAUAAUAUCCCCCAAUUAACCAUCGUAUUAAUGGGAGGCCCCAAAACAGGCAAAUCCGCGCUGGUUAGCCAAUUUCUUUGGGAAUGUUUUUUGUCUGAUUAUCGCCCUACUGUUGAAGAAUUUAAUUGGGUAGAGUAUGGAUGUGUCGAACAAAAAUUGUCUGGACCCAAUUUUAUGUUACAAUUAAUUGAUAGUAGUGGAAGUAGGGAUUUUCUGGCUAUGAGACAUUUGUAUUAUAGAAUUGCUGAUGCUUUUAUGGUGAGUGAAUUGGUUGGAAAUGAUCUUAGAAAAAUAUUUAAAAAUAUUUUAAAAAGGCAAAUUCUAAGAAAAAAUUUUUAA